AUGAAAACAGUCCUUGGUCUAAUCUUUGCAUCAUGCCUACUUCUACUGAAUGAUGCAUUCUACUGUGACGCUCUUUCUUCAGUGUCACCCAAGCAUACACUGUAUGACAUUCCCGUCUCGAACAAUGGGGCUCGCUGUCGGAUUAUUAUCAACAAGAAACAAUUAGAAGAAUCAGAGGUCUCGAUCUUGUCCCCGGCUCAGCUUGGUGGCUUUCGAUCAGAAGAGUAUCUAAAAGUCAGCCCUCAAGGAAAGGUUCCGGCCCUACAGAUUCAUGACAGUGGUCUAUGUCUCGCCGAGUCGGACACUUGUGCUCGAUAUCUUAUUUCGACGUACGAAGGUAUCGGUCCAUCCUUUCAGCCAAACAAUCCCAUUUCCAAUCAAAUUGCCCGAUUCCACGAUCUCUACUUGACUACCAUUCAAACGUGCCUCUACAGGGCAGCCCCCCCGUUUGGUAGUUUCCACACUCGGCAGGAUGCCUUGAAGGAGUAUUCCAAACAACUUUAUGUGAUUGCCGAUCUAUUUCCCGAGCAAACGUCUGGACCAUAUAUUUGUGGUUCGGAAGUCUCCUUGGCAGAUGCCACGCUUUUCCCUUCUGUUGUCUUUGCAUCUUACAUGUAUCCCAAAUUCGCCCAUCUGGAAGGAUCCGAUUUUAUUCCAGAUAAAAUUACCAAGUGGUUCCAGGGAUUGAUUGCCUCGGACGAAGCAUUCCGCAAGGUGUACGACGAGAUGAUGGGGGCAUUGCAAAAAUGGGACGAGAAUGGUCGAUGGGAUUCUAUUUGGUUGGCAGGAGUUCGUGACAAAGAACCAGAGACACUAUUUGACAAGAUUAUUUCUGGAGAAAUCCCUGCAACCAUUGUGAAGGAAGAUGACAAGAUGAUGGCAUUCAAAGAUAUCAAUCCAGCAGCUCCUGCACACGUUUUGGUGAUUCCCAAAGAUCGCAAUGGACUGACGCGACUCAGCAAGGCAACCAAGGAGCAAUCGGAAAUGUUGGGGCACUUGAUGCUAACGGCUGGGGAGAUUGCCGCUGAUGAAUCGUUGGGCUUUGGCAAUGGUGCUCGCAUCGUAGUCAACGAUGGAAAAAGUGCAGGCCAAGAAGUCUUUCAUUUGCACAUUCAUGUCCUCGGAGGACGGGAAUUCACAUGGCCACCUGGAUAA